AUGGAAGAAUUAAUCAAAGUGCUAAAACUGAAAGGACAGGUUAUGUCCAUCAUGUAUCGCUUCCGGGCCAAAAAUGGAGAGUGGGUGUGGCUGAGAACCAGCAGCUUCAGCUUCCAGAACCCAUACACAGAUGAAGUAGAGUACAUUGUGUGCACCAACAGUUUAGCCAAAAGCUCACAACAACAGAGUGCUGGUCAGGUAAGCCCUGGUGACCAGAGCACAGACCCCACCCCCACCAUCAACACCUUCGCCUCUCCCCACCGCGGCAUGGGGGCCUCGGAAGGCAUCAGCAGCAUGGCUCAAAAUGCCGGGGACAGUAGGUACACAGGGGAGGUGUACCCGGGCAUGGUACCUGGCAGUUACAGUUACAACAGGUCCCCCGUCAAGUCUUAUUCCAACAUUCCCCAAAGUUCCACACAGAUUCCGUCAACUAGUCAACAGGGAAGCUGGCCCUCACAGGUUUUAUAUAGGAGGGGUGGAUCAGAAUACAGUGGCAGUGCAGGCUACAGCCAGAUGAGUCCAAGCACUUCUCCAGGUGGUCCAUCAUACACCCAGCUGAGCUCGGGACAGCGUCCAGCCACAUCGCAGGACCCUAGUUACCAAGGCUCUGGCUCUUCCACCGCCUUGUGGCAGCACUGGCAGGCAGGCAGCGAGGCAGGCGCUCAGCAGACUGCCACACAAUCAGCACAGGCACAACAACAGCAGCCACAGCAGCAACCUGAGGAGCUCGGGGAGGUGUUCCGCAUGCUGGAGCCCACUAACCCAGAAUUUGGGGACCUGUCUGGGAUGUUCAGUACCUUCACAGAGUAAAUCUAGUUGCUGGAGUGUUGGGGUUGGGGGUGUUAGGAUAAUGUAAGGUCAUUUUCUAUGAAGAGCAAAGAUACACCUAAAGAGAAUCUUUAAGUAGUUCCUGAUGACAUUUUUAACAUCAUGUAUUGGAUACAGAAAUAGAAAGGAUCUGAAAGACACUGAGAGGUUAAAACAAUUGUAUAUUUCUCAUUUCUCGACAACCUGUUUCCAAGGUUGCUGCUAUAUACAUAUAUACAUAACAUAUUAUGAGAUAUUGUGUAGGUAGAACUAUUUUGGUAAUAGUUGCAUAAUUACACAACUUAUAUAUUGUAUGUCACCACAAAGCAGUCUUUGAAAUUGAUUGCUUUGUUGAAUACAGCCCAUUCAUAUAAUAUUGAGGUGAGAGGGUUAUUAUUAUUUUUUCAUGGUUGUCAGAUUAAACUUUUUUUUUCAGAAGGAAAUUGUACAUUUUAUCUAAUUUUAUGUAUUCUCUGUUUGUCCAACUUAAUAUGGUGCAUUUUUAAUCUGUCAUUUUAUCAUAUACAAAUCCUUUGUGUGGGUGCAUAUUAAAUGUACAGCUCUCUUUUUAUUGGCAGCAUCUGCCAUAAACUUGUUAAUGCCAUCAUUGACACAUAGCAUUUCUAAGUUUCUUUUCAUUUGCCAGGGCUGCCUGUUAAGUCAAAAUUAUUAUCAGAAAAGUUUUUGCAAUUACAACUGACAAGCCAGGUCUGUUUUGUCAAGCGACAGGGCAGAUGAAGAUUGCAGGUAGUAACAGUCAUGGCUUUAUUUUAGUUUUGUUCACCCACACCUCAAGAUGUUGUGGUGAAUUUUGGGAAAAGCCAAAGAUACCUUCCCAUAUAACUUCCCUUACGAGUGUGAAUUCUUUGAAAACAGCUGCUAUCCAAAAUAAAUAUCCAAUAGUUAGAAAAAUGGGCAACUAGCAUAAUUUUUCAGAUAUUUGGAUUUACCAUUGUAGAUUUUCUGGUCUUGAAACGUCAAUUAUCAUGGAAAAUGAUAGACUAAUCUAUGAUUUUGAUGUGAUAUUUUUCAUUUGUGAAAAAUAUAAAAUAUCAAAAUCAAUGAUAU